GGUGAUAAGAUCCACAUGCGAGUGAAGGAGAAGAGCCAGAAACGAGAGUUCAAACAAACAGAGAAAGAGAGAGACAGAGAGAGAGAGAGAGAGAUUUAUAGAGUCACCUCGAGAAAUCAGCAUCAGAGUCUCGGAGAAUCCCUCAGAAAGUCUCUCAGUCGGGAAUCACAGUCUCCUGAGGAACCUCCAUCUUCUCCUCCAUGGGCUUCAUCAUCCGCGUCCCCCUGCGUCUCUGACCGCGCACGCCUCGAGGAUGAGCUGUAAGGUGGCGCUGUGGCUGCUGCUCGCCGGCACGCUGUGUGUCGUCUCCGCCGGCCGCAAGGUCCGGCCGCAAGGCUCCAUCCCGUCGCCCUACAAAACCAGCUCCAACACCUCGGACCGGCGCGCUCGCAAACAGGAAGUGCUGGCCUCCAGCCAGGAAGCGCUGGUGGUGACGGAGCGCAAGUACCUGAAGAGCGACUGGUGCAAGACGCAGCCGCUGCGGCAGACGGUCAGUCAGGAUAGCUGCAGGAGCCGGACGGUCAUCAACCGCUUCUGCUACGGCCAGUGCAACUCCUUCUACAUCCCGCGACACGUCAAGAAGGAGCAGGAGUCGUUCCAGUCGUGCGCCUUCUGCCGGCCGCACCGCUUCACCAGCCUCACCGUGGAGCUCGACUGCCCCGACCUGCAGCCGCCCGUCCGCUACCGCAAGAUCCAGCGCGUGAAGCAGUGCCGCUGCAUGUCCGUCAGCGUGUCCGAGUCUGGGAAACAGUGAGAGGACGAUGCUUUACUGUAGACACCUGCUGCUAAUCUGAGCUGAAAGACUGCGAACCUUCAGCACAGCAUCUUCAGACGGAGAGAGGAAGACUGAUGGUGUUUGAGAGACUGUUCAAAGACAGACGAGAUCCAGGCGUGACCUUCAGUGCUGGUUAACAGAAAACAUGCAGAAAACACUCUUAGAAGAAAAUGUGCUAUAUAGAGCCUUAAAGGAUUCUGUAUCAGGAACACAUAGAAACUCUUAAAAAUAAAGGUUCCAGAAGGGGAUUUCUAUAGAAGCUUGUUUCCGCCAUAAAAUAAAAAAUGUAAUUGCGGCCUCUUAUCUCACAAUUCUGACAUUUUUUUCUUAGAAUUAGUAAACUCUAAACUCUUAGAGUUAUAAAGUCAGAAUUGCGUGAUAUAAACUCGCAAUUUCAAUUCUGACUUAUAACUUGCAAUUCAGAAUUGCGCAAAUCUCGCAAUUCCGACUUGAUAUUAUGCAAUUCCGACUUUAUAUCUCACAAUUCCGACUAUAAAUCACAAUUCUGACUUUAUAACUCGCAAUUCAGAAUUGCGCAAAUCUCGCAAUUCCGACUUUAUAACUCACAAUUCCAACUUUAUACAUCGCAAUUCCGACUAUAAAUCACAAUUCAGAAUUGCCCAAAUCUCGCAAUUCCGACUUUAUACCUCGCAAUUCCGACUAUAAAUCACAAUUCAGAAUUGCGCAAAUCUCGCAAUUCCGACUUUAUAACUCGCAAUUCCGACUAUAUACCUUGCAAUUCCGACUUUAUAUUACGCAAUUCCGACUUUAUAUCUCACAAUUCUGACUUUAUAACUCGCAAUUCAGAAUUGUGCAAAUCUCGAAAUUCCGACUUUAUUCCUCGCAAUUCCGACUUUAUACCUUGCAAUUCCGACUAACUCGCAAUUGCGAGAAAAAAGUCAGAAUUGUGAGAAAGUCACAAUUACCUUUUUUUAUUUAGUGGUGGAAACAAGCUUCCACAGGUCUCUGCAGUGAUGCCACAGAAGAACCACUUUGGUUCCCUAAAGAAGCUAUUUAAAAACAAACAAACACUAUAAAAGAACCUUUUGUGGAAUGGAAAGAUUAAAGGUUCUUCAAGAAACCAUCGAUGCCAAUAAAGAACCUUUAUUUUUAAGAGAGGUGUCCAUCAUGGGAUCAUUUUAUGGAUUUUAGUUUUAAUUAAUUUUGUUUGGUUACAUUUUAUUUCAAUGGUCCACUUUAGACAUUCUACUAAGUAACUUUGCAACUACAUGUCAACUAUUCUAACACUAACAGUCUACUAAUACUCUAAUGAGAGUUAGUUGACAUGUAGUUGCAAUGUUACUUUAUUAACCUUUAGUUUUAAUUGUAUUUUAUGAAUUAAGCAGCUCAUAAACAUACUUUAUCACUAGAAAAAAAAUUGAAAUAACCUGUUAUUAUGCAGUCAUUUUAGACGUUUCUCCUUGCUUUUUGGCAUAAAGGGUUCUUUAAGACCCUGUAGAACCUUAGAGUUCUAUAUAGAACCCUUUUUUCUAAGAGUGUAGACUGAUUAUAGAGAUUCUAUAGAAAUAUGGUACAACAGAAGUAUAUUAUAUAUGUAUGUAGAGAAACAACUGAAGUCUAUAUUAAAACUAUUGAGUUUGUCA